GAAAUCAGCGCAAGAACAACCAUUUCUGAAGUGCUAACCUCAUUUUCUCUCUAUUGUGUCGCUAUGGCAGACGACGAGCUUCUUCGCGCGGUGGGAGACUUCCUAUCACCUCAAGGCCACGCCAUUGCUACCACACUCAGUCUCGAUGAAGUAGACAGCGAUCAGCUCCUUGCGGACACGGACGUACUGCUUCAAUCUCUAAAUCGGAAUCAAAGCACCACUAAAGCCGAGUGUAAAACCAAGAGCGACAUCGCCAGGUUAAAGGCCGGUCAGCGAAGAGACGCCUACCGCGCACGACUUAAGGCCGAAUGGGCAACUUUAAGGCAACAAGAUGUGGAACUUAGCAAGCACCUAAAGAAAUUGAAGCAACUUAAGACCCAAGAGGAGACGAUGAGCUCCCCCUCGGACUCACUAGCUCUGGGAGCAUGGAGAGCUAUUGCCAUUCGACAAUACGAGAGCAGGAUGGAGGCGGAAGCGCUCCAGAAACGACUACAGGCCGCUGUAAAUAGCCGAGCUGUGAUGAUCCAAGAUCUGGAAUCCGUAUUGCGGAAGAGAGUACGAGACAUCGAAAAAAACACGACCGUGGAGAUUCCAGAAAUUCUGGAAAAGAAAGCGAGACUUGGAUCGAAAGAUGCCACUCUAUACAACACCUACUUUCAGAACCUGGAUGCACUAUACGAACGGUUAGACGAGGUUUUUAAGGAAGUCGGGGUCACUCCAACUCCUGGUGGGAUUCUAAGUGGGGAGCCAACUAGGAAUAUGAAUGGCGAGACUGAAUACUUCGAGACUAUCGGAGUGGGUCGAGUGCCAUUUAUUUUUCAGAGGACAUGCGAUGCAGUAUGGGAGUUGUUAUCUGUCCCGCAUCGACAGGAAGGGAGACUUGUGUACGAUGGAUUGCCCGAUCCGGAUAAUUCGUUAGCUAUACAGUUUUGCUCUCCACUGCAACGAGAAAACGGUGAAGUGCUGAAGUUGCGCACGCAUCAAGUUGCACGACGGUACAUUGAGAAGAACCGCUUGGUUGUAGUGUGGAGAGGACUGUGUGAAGCGGACAGCGAGUUUCUCGGCAUGAAUUCGGACGAGACGGGGUGGUGCAUUGUUCACUCUCCGGAAAGCGAUCCGGAUUUCUUUGCGGAUCCUGCGACGACGCUAGUGCAGGCGUGCACUCGAAUGGUUCCGAUGCAUUUUCAAGACGGCGAAGAUAAGGAGGGCAAGGUGAAUCAGUUUGUGGAGCUGCUUGUGAAGACAGGAGCCGAAGACAAUCGUGAAAUCGAACUCAUGAUGGAGAGACUUUUGCUGGAUGACGCACUUGCAACAGACGGUCUGGACAUUGAUGAGGACGGUAACUUAACUUCAUUAGAAGUCUAAGUCAAGCGCCUUAAUGGAGCAGUCUCGUUGAAGAGUAACAUUUUUUUUUGUUAUUUGUGCUUCUUUUUGUUAUUAUUACGUGCUACACGUGCACAUGCAUCAUUCUGAACAACGACUGUCUGCAGCGCAAUCGAAUGAUACAACAUGUACAGCUAACAAUGACUCGAAAGACAGUGCAACGUUAAAUAUUCCCAAGAAUGGAGGAAAUACUUUAAAUUGAUUUAAUGAUAAACGGUGGUUAGAGGAA